CAUAGUCUCCGGCCAUUCUAACCCGGGAGUCGAAAUUCAGUCGCUCAGAUUUGGCAAGGCUGUUUCAAAACGAUGUCGCCCACGAUUCCCCAGUUGGCUGAGCAGCGGGGUAGCCAGGAGUCGCACGUUUCCAAAAAAACCCUGAAAGAGGAAAUAGAAUCCAUUCUGAGGGAGCGCAUUAUGGUUUUGGAUGGAGGCAUGGGGACCAUGAUCCAGCAAUAUUCUUUAGGAGAAGAGGAAUUUCGAGGUCAAGAAUUUAAGGAUCACCUGAAACCACUCAAGGGAAAUAAUGACCUGUUGAGCAUAACUCAGCCUGAUAUCAUCUACAAAAUUCAUAAGGAAUACUUGCUUUCUGGUGCUGAUAUCAUUGAAACAAAUACUUUCAGCAGCACUAAAAUAGCACAAGCUGACUACAGCCUUGAACAUCUGGCUUAUCGGUUAAAUAAAACAUCAGCCCAGUUAGCGCGAAAAGCAGCUGAUGAUGUUACUGCAGAGACGGGAAGUAAAAGAUAUGUUGCUGGGGCGAUGGGCCCCACAAACAAGACCCUUUCUGUUUCCCCAUCAGUGGAAAACCCUGAUUAUCGGAAUGUUACUUUUGAUGAAUUGGUAGAUGCCUACACCGAACAAGCCAAAGGUCUUUUAGAUGGUGGAGCAGAUAUCAUGCUGGUGGAAACCAUAUUUGAUACAGCCAAUGCCAAGGCAGCUCUCUUUGCUCUCCUAAAGUUAUUUGAAGAAGAAUAUGAACCAAGACCCUUGUUUGUAUCAGGAACCAUUGUCGAUAAAAGUGGCCGCACUCUCUCUGGGCAGACUGGGGAAGCGUUUGUCAUCAGCAUAUCUCACAGCCAGCCACUUUGCAUUGGAUUAAACUGUGCUUUGGGGGCAGUUGAAAUGAGACCUUUCAUUGAAGCAAUAGGAAAGUGUACAACUACUUACAUCAUUUGUUAUCCCAAUGCAGGUCUUCCUAACACCUUUGGUGGUUAUGAUGAAACACCUCAAGUGACUGGCAAGCACAUUAAAGAUCUUGCCUUAGAUGGUUUGGUCAACAUAGUUGGUGGCUGCUGUGGUACCACUCCAGCACAUAUCCGGAAGAUAGCUGAAGAAGUAAAGGCAUGCAAACCUCGUAUCCCCCCUGCCUCUGUCUCUGAAGGCUACAUGCUGCUGUCAGGUCUGGAACCCUUCAGGAUUGGAAAAUACACCAACUUUGUCAACAUUGGUGAACGUUGCAAUGUUGCAGGAUCAAGGAAAUUUGCCAAACUUAUAAUGGCAGGCAAAUAUGAAGACGCCUUGAGUGUAGCCAAGGCCCAAGUCGAGAUGGGAGCUCAGAUCCUGGAUAUCAACAUGGAUGAUGGAAUGUUAGAUGGUCCAAGUGCUAUGACCAGAUUCUGCAACUAUAUUGCUUCAGAGCCUGACAUUGCCAAGGUGCCCCUUUGCAUUGAUUCCUCAAACUUUUCUGUAAUAGAAGCUGGGUUGAAGUGUUCGCAAGGCAAAUGCAUAGUAAACAGCAUCAGUCUGAAGGAAGGCGAAGAGGAUUUCCUAAGAAAAGCAAGAAAAAUUAGGAGAUUUGGAGCAGCAGUAGUGAUUAUGGCAUUUGAUGAAAUGGGGCAGGCCACAGAAACAAAAGACAAAAUCUCAAUCUGCACCAGAGCCUAUAACCUUCUUGUGAACAAAAUUGGCUUUAAUCCAUGUGAUAUAAUUUUUGAUCCCAACAUUUUGACUAUAGGUACUGGAAUGGAGGAACAUAAUUUGUAUGCAGUUAACUAUAUCAAUGCAACUAAAACAAUAAAAGAAAAUUUGCCUGGAGCCAGAAUAAGUGGAGGCCUUUCCAAUUUGUCUUUCUCCUUCCGAGGAAUGGAUGCUAUUCGAGAAGCAAUGCAUGGAGUUUUUCUUUUCCAUGCAAUUAAGCAUGGAAUGGACAUGGGGAUUGUGAAUGCAGGAAAUCUACCAGUGUAUGAUGAUAUCCAAAAAGAACUUUUACAGUUGUGUGAAGAUUUGAUAUGGAAUAAAGAUCCAGAUGCAACGGAAAAACUUUUGCUUUAUGCUCAGACCCAUGCUCAAGGAGGAAAAAAAGUGAUACAAACUGAUGGAUGGAGAAAUGGAUCUGUAGAAGAAAGACUGGAGUAUGGCCUUGUUAAGGGCAUUGAGAAAUAUGUGAUUGAGGAUACAGAAGAAGCUAGACAAAACAAAGAGAGGUAUCCCAGACCCCUGAAUAUAAUUGAGGGGCCCCUGAUGAAUGGCAUGAAAAUAGUUGGUGAUCUUUUUGGAGCUGGCAAAAUGUUUCUUCCUCAGGUGAUUAAAUCUGCUAGAGUUAUGAAGAAAGCGGUGGGCCAUCUUAUCCCAUUCAUGGAGAAAGAAAGAGAAGAAUUACGUGCGUUGUCUGGUAGCACGGAGGAAGAUGAUCCUUAUCAAGGCACUAUUGUGUUAGCUACUGUGAAAGGUGAUGUCCACGAUAUCGGCAAGAACAUUGUAGGAGUAGUUCUGGGCUGCAAUAAUUUCAGAGUUAUUGAUUUGGGAGUUAUGACGCCAUGUGACAAGAUACUUAAAGCUGCUCUUGAAAACAAAGCAGAUAUAAUUGGCUUGUCUGGUCUUAUCACUCCAUCUUUGGAUGAGAUGAUAUUUGUUGCCAAGGAAAUGGAAAGACUAGAAAUAAGGAUCCCUUUGCUGAUUGGAGGAGCAACUACUUCAAAAACUCAUACAGCUGUAAAAAUUGCUCCACGGUAUAGUGCUCCUGUCAUUCAUGUCCUGGAUGCCUCCAAAAGUGUGGUGGUUUGCUCUCAGCUUUUAGAUGAAAGUCUAAAAGAUGACUUUUUUGAAGAAAUACGAGAAGAGUAUGAAGACAUUCGGCAGGAUCAUUAUGACUCACUUAAGGAAAGAAAAUACUUGUCUUUAGAGCAAGCAAGAAAUAAACGCUUCUAUUAUGACUGGAAAACUGAGACUAAACCAGUUAAACCACAGUUCCUUAGCACUAGAGUCUUUGAAGAUUAUGACUUACAGAAGCUGGUGGAUUAUAUUGACUGGAAACCAUUUUUUGAUGUCUGGCAGCUUAGAGGCAGAUAUCCCAACCGGGGAUUCCCUAAAAUCUUCAAUGAUAAAGUAGUGGGAGAAGAGGCAAAAAAAGUUUACAAUGAAGCUCAAAACCUGCUGAAAAGUUUGAUUACAGAAAAUAAGCUUAAAGCCAAAGGUCUGAUUGGGUUUUGGCCAGCUCGAAGCAUUAAAGAUGACAUUUACUUAUAUGAUACAGAAGAGGAGCUACAAAAUGUGGAACCAAUAGCUAAAUUCUGUGGCUUACGACAACAGGUUGAAAAAGACUCUGGUUCCACAGAUCCCUAUUAUUGCCUGUCUGAUUUUAUAUCCCCCCUGGACUCUGGUGUUUCUGACUAUUUGGGGUUCUUUGCCGUGGCAUGCUUUGGAGUAGAUGAGCUAUGUAAAGAAUAUGAAAAACAGUCAGAUGACUAUAGUAUUAUAAUGGUGAAAGCACUAGCAGAUCGGUUAGCAGAGGCAUUUGCAGAAGAACUUCAUGAACGAGUUCGGAAAGAAUUCUGGGCUUAUUGUAAAAAUGAACAGUUGGAAUUUUCAGAUUUGCGUAAGAUAAGAUAUGAUGGCAUUCGCCCAGCACCUGGUUACCCAUGUCAACCUGACCACACAGAAAAAAUCACUAUGUGGAGACUUGCGAAUAUUGAGGAAGCUACAGGUAUUCAGUUAACCGAAUCCCUAGCAAUGUUCCCUGCCUCAGCAGUAUCUGGUCUCUACUUUUCCAAUCCGGCUUCUAGGUAUUUUGCUGUUGGGAAAAUAUUGAAAGAUCAGGUUGAAGACUAUGCCUUAAGAAAAAAUAUGCCUGUGGCAGAAGUUGAAAAAUGGCUUGCACCUAUUCUUGGAUAUGAUUCAGAGUAACAAAAAGGGGAUUGAUUGAUUGGUUGGUAAUCAGCUUAUAUCCAUAACAGAAAACAUUCAUAAGCAGAAUAGGGAGGGGAUUUGUUUUCUGUGUUGGGAGGCAGUAUUGCUUCUCCAUCUCAUACUGUCUAGCAGAGUCCACCAAACAAAUGUGGGAGAAAACUGCUCUUCCUCAUUUUCUGAUUAAUUUUAAACAAACAAGAAACAGCUGUUCUGUGGAUAACUCUUCAAAUGAUUAUUCAGUGUAGCUAUCUGCCAUGGGGAAAAAAAAUAAUAUCUAAUUGUAAAAUACUCUAUACUUUUGGCUACUCUAGAAAUGUUGUCCAUUUACAUGCACGUUACCGUAAGCUAUUUAAAAUAAAUAUAUAUAUUUUUUUUCUAAAUUAAAGAUCAUUCUAAUUGUAUUUGGGGGUUUGAUGUGUGUAUAUGAAAUAUCCUUUGCCUGGGUGUCUAAAGUUCAUCUUUUUUAAUGGAAUGGUUUCACAAAGAAAUAAAAGGCAAGAUAAAAAAAUCAAAUACAUGAAUAUUUCAUGAAAACUAAUGCAAAUAUUAUACUUAAUCUGUAAUUCACUACUGAUACUAUAAUCUGUAAUUUUGUCUUCGGAGAAUAUAGCCAUUGGGCAUUGUUUUAUAGCCAUAAGAAAAAGCUCAGCAACUAUUUGCACUGAUAUGUCCCUCUAUUUGGGAGUCUUAUUGAUAUUUAAUAUAAUUGUAUGUCUAUUUAAUAGGUGGUGCCUCUUCUUUCAUUUGGAAGAGAUGCUUCAGAAUGACUUGGGCUAUGAAUGCAACACUUUUCUGCAAUUCAUGGCAGUCACCUCUUUUCAGAAAUAUGAUCAGAGAAAAAAGACCUUGCUUUAAUGAGAUGUAUAUCAGUUGCCUUUGUGGUGCCCAUGUUUUCUGAAAUACUUUUUCCCAAUUGAAUCCCUCAAGCAUUGCAUAGCUUUAAUAUUUAAUAGCAAAUUGGUUCAGAAAUUAAAAGGAAUGUGAGAGAUUAGUAAGUGCCUUGAUUCUUAAUUCCUUCUUAAUAUACUGGGAUAUAUGUCUGAAUAGUAAAGGAAUAUGGGAAAAGGGCCCACGAUAGUGUUACCUCCUAGCUUCAGGAGAAUAUGGCAUACAUUCACAUAAACUGUUCUAAAUGUUACUGAGUUCAUAUUUGCAUAUAAGCCUAAGAAUAUUCUUCAGGUUUCUCCACUUAAGUUAUGGUGAUUGGAGUUUACAGGAUGCCCUCUUGUCAUUCCUGUGUUCACGUCUUUUUUCUAAAUGACUGAUUGCUUAUCGAUUAUUAUAAUCAAUUGUUCAUAAUAGCUCAUUAUUUACUCUUGUAAGCACUGGAAAAAUCAUGUUCUUUUUGGAAGUUUUAUAAUAUCUGUUUGUAAUUAUACUCACAGGUGGCUAAGCCUUCUGUUCUGUUACUACAGAAAUGUGCUCUGUUAUUUCUGUGUUGUGUUACAUACCAAGAGCUGCCAAAACAUUAGAUUGCAGAUCUUUAGAUUUUUACAUGAACAGUACCUUAUGCCACUGCCAUAAGGAGGUCAGUUUCUUGAACUCUCUAUUUUCUUUUGCCAUCAAAUUGUCUUUUUGCAGGCCUCUGUGAUAUGUGGAUUCUUCAUUAGUACUACGUGUAUUCUGGUAUCGAUAGAGGACUUAAAUUAGUACUGCUAAUAAUUUCACAAUAGGUUUUCAUAUAUUUUAUUUUCCCAUUUUAAUUUGAGGAAAAUGUUUAUUAAUGAUAGACUGCAAUUCAUUUGUAGACUUUGAUAGACACUCUCUAGGGCCUUGAUAAAACCAAAUUAGAUUUCAGUCUUAAUGAAACAGAAGUAUUCAUUUAGACAAGAGAAAAGUCUCACAUUCUGUAGAUCUCAAACAAUGAGGUUUAUGAAUAGAUGUAAACUGGGAAGUUUUGAAAAGUCAAGUCCCCCUCAAGAAAAACGCCUGCUGAAAUAUCACUAAUAGUUCCUGUAACACUUUCAUCUUACGUAGACACAUGCCCCAAAUUUUGAGUAAAUGAACCAUCUGGAAGCCAUGUAUACUGUUAAUUUUCUUCUUUAGAUUACCAUCUGAAAGGAAUGGAAGUCAACUAGCAGCCUGCAUCCCUUCUCUGUGACAGCCAGGUCACAACUUCCUAUCAUAUUUUUCCUUCUUCUCCAACCCAUUUACCAUUAUUAAUAUUUAUUCCUAAUGCUCCAUUCCCAAGUGUGUCAUGUGAAUCCUGAUUGGUGUUACACAGGCAAGAGUUUCUUGGUUUGCAAGGCAGUACCUAGAGAUCUUAGCCACUGUUUAUCAUUGAAAGACUAUUAUUCAUACAGAUUUUAUAUUACAUGUUUUGAUAUCUCUUAUGUCAAAUUAUGAUUAGCCCAACAGACCUCUCACCAGAUUUAAUAAUUCUAAUGCCCUGUUUCCUCUAAAAUAAGACAUCCCCUGAUAAUAAGCCCAAUCAGGCUUUUGAGCACAUGCGCUAAAAUAACCCCCCCAAAAAAUAACCCCUCCCUGAAAUUAUUUAAACGUAUGCCGGUCCCCACCAUUUCCUCUGGUUAGGGUUAGGGAGACAGACCUGGAAAUCAAGACGGCAAGAGGAACCCCAUCUUGGUCCAUGCGCCCCAAAGUAAUAAGACAUCCCUGAAAAUAAGGCCAAGCACUUAUUUUGGGGUUCAAAAAAAUAUAAGGGUUUUAUUUUCAGCUAAACAUGGUAUUCUUUAUGCUCCAACCACUGGGCUUAUGGAGGAUUUAUCAGCAUCAAAUUUCAAAUAAAACCUCUUACUAAAGUAUGGUUCUUUGGGAUUGUUUUGUUAACUUCUCUGGCAUCCUGUAUACAUUAUUAAUAUCAGCAAGUGUUCACUGUAUAGUAGAUGCAUAAGUUAUUUUGAACUCUGGCAGUUGCAUGAAUGACUUUAUUAUUUUGCUGUUUGUUUUGUUUCUGCAAAAAACAAACAGAUGGGGUAAGUGCCUCAGCAAACAAGCUCUCUGCUAGAUGUUAAAAUCAAAUUCCUAAACUUCCCUCCUUAUCUCUAUCUGGGGUAGAGUAAAGAGGGCAGAUUUUUUGCAGGAAGGCUGGCACAUUUUUCCACCACUUUUUUUCCUAGUUUUUCAAGGAUUGCAGAAAACUUGUGAUUUGUGGCACGAGACUGUCACAGAGCGAGGAAAACCAAACAUUUUUUAAAACUUUUUUCUUUUCAAUUUUUAAAGGGAAGAUUGGCUCAGUAGUUAAAAAUAGAUGUGCUAAAACUUGCAGACACUUAAUACAUCUAUUUUUAACCCUCAAGUGCAAAAAAAAAGGUAAUCAGUCUCUUUGCCACCUACUUUCUAAAUUUUCUUUGGAGGGGGCAGAGAAAAAUAAAUUGAAUGCUUGGGGCCUUGCAUUUUUCUUUAUAGCAAACCCCAUUCCAUUAAAUAAAGUGCAUUUUUAAAAAAGGAAAUAGGAUCUCUCUUUACCUUAGAAGUACAGGGAAGCAUUGUUGUAAAUAAGAUGUCUGAGGCUUUCUUUCUAGCAAUCUAACUGUCAAGGUACCAAGAUGCUGGGUUUUCUUUGCUAUCCUUGUUGCCUCUCGUUUUUUAAAAACCCUUUGUUUGUGUAAUUGCAGAGCUUUAUCCUUAGCUGUUCUUAAUCACUAGUUUUUUCUUUCUGGUUGUGAUGGACCUCUUUCCUUAAGUAGUGCUUUUGUGAGAUACUGCAAAGUUUAUGUACCUGACUCUUAUCCAACAGUUCAAAUUAGAUUCUCCAACUAUCUUCCUUAGUAUUCCUGAUUAUCCUAUUAUUUGGCUACUAUUGCAGGGCUCUACUCUUGAGGACUUUCAUGAUCCCCCAUUUUCACAUAUUAACAGUACAUUUCUGAAUACAUUAUGCCAUUAAAUUGGAUUUACGGGUGACUUGUUCAAAUCUCUGAUGGCCUAUCAAGAAAAAACGAAAUGAGAAUUCCAUGUGAGCUUCAUUAGAAAUAUACAAAUACACACACACACUAAUGCAAUUUGAAAAGCUGUAGAUAAGAGUGGUAUAUUUUUAAAUGACUAAAAACUCAAUUUAAAUCCUUUCUGUGUCAUGAAACUCACUGAAUAUCAUAAAAAGAAUUGCUGUCUCUCAGCCUAACCUAGCUGAGAGACUAAUCCAUGUACAUUAUUCAUGAAAAAGAGUGAAAUGCAUGGGAUAAAAUUACGUUUCAGCACAACCAAAAUCAGGAUUAAAAAUAUGCUACCCUUACCAAUGCUACUUUACAGUAAUUGGUUCUUUUAACCCAAAUUGAAGUUAGCUUGAUUUGAUGAAUUUCCCUCUGGCAAGAAAGAUUUUCAUAAUUGUAGAGCAUUCAGAAGGUUUAAUAAAACUAGAAGGAAUAAAUUCCCAGGGAGUUGACAUGGUGGAAACUGUUCCUGGUUAUCAGUGAAGCAUGAAACGUAACACAACUGGUCUUUUAAAAUCUCUAAAUGCUGUUGUGUGGAGAAGGGAAGAAAGGGGAAAAAAUAUUAUUGGCUUCAAACACCAUUGAAAGUUAGCAAUUUGUUGCAGAAUUCCAGUGAAACAAUCCUGGGCAGUUUGGAGCAUAAGAAAAUUGGAGCUGGGAGGAUAAUGGGGAGACUUAUGGAAACCUUAAUUCAGAGUCUAUUCAGUCAAACAACUAGCAAUAGCACCCACAAAUGCCAGCCGCACUUAAUCAAAUACGGAUGUAUUCAUUUCUAAAAAUAAAAUAAUAAAAAGUAUCAUCUAGUUUUCUUCUAACAAUACUUUAACAUUUUUGUGGUUUAAUUGUGUAAGACUUAAGUGUGUAUAAAUGUAUAUUUUAAAAUUACUAUGUAGCAUAAAAUGGCACCUGGUGUUAUUUUUCUGUUAAUGGCUUAGUUAGUAUAUCCUUCUCAAGUCUUUGAAAGAAAGAUUAAGAACAAAUAAUAUUGCUAAACCUUAGCACUGUUAUUGAUCUGCCUUGUAGCCUGAUGGAUGAAAGUACGUGAGUCUCAGACUCUGCUCAUGACAAGUAUUAAAUAUAUAUGGAGUUGGGUUUUUGGAACACCGUUGGAACAGCAGCACUUUAACUACUUUCUCUCAAUAGAAAUUGAGUGAAUUCUAAGGAAAACCAACCAGCAAUUAGAAUUUUCCAAUUUCUGCUUUGCAUUUUUUGCAUACUUCGUUAAUACAUGUAUCAUUCACUAGGGAAAAUCAUUCACUAGGGACUACUAAACUAUGCAUUAUUGCACCCAUUAGUAAUCUGAAAUGACCUUUUUAUUUUGCUAGAGUUAUGUAUUACAUGAACAAGUCCAUAGUUGUAUUUCUUCUUUAUAAAAUGUUGCUGGAACCAAGUGGGUUCUAGAAAAAAAUAUGGCUGAAUGGAUGUGAAUUUUUUUCCACCUCCUUCCCUGAAAUCGAAGUUAAGAGUGAGGGAAAGGCAGUGAUAAUAAUGUUAACUUGUAUUUCGUUUCUAAUAACAGGAAGAAGUGUUCUACUUUGUAGAAGGGAAUGUUGUGUUGUAUUCAAAUGUUUUCUUUCAAAUUAAUAAAUAGACCUGUGUUCAAAGACCAGUAUUCCAUAAUCUCUUGUAGUUUAAGUGUAUUGUGUGUACAACUCCUGGAAACUAUACUUAGCAAGUCUAGUUGGGUGAUGGGAGUUGUAGUUUCAACAUGCUUCUAACCACAGAUUUAGAAAGCGAAUACAGGGGAUGCUAUUAUUUAAGUUUCUUUUACAUAUAAAUGUCAUUAAUUAUCCAUAUGGUAGAUUUAUUCUACAACAUAAUUCUCUAUUAACACCUGGAAUGAGUUUUAGAAAAUGUAAUUUUAAAAAUGUACCUUGUCUCACUAAUUCUGAAACACACACAAGUAUUUCAACAUGCUGUUUUUGUCUGUGAAGUCAGAACAUUAACAUUCUAGCUCCAGGCUAACUUGUAUCUUAUGUUCCCCUUUGCCUUGAAAAAGCCACUCAGCUUUGCAGACUAUUUUCCCUAGCUGUUUCUCCACUAGACUAAUCAAACUUUGUCCAUUGCUAUUUAGUUCAGACCCCACUAUUCUCCAUCAGUGUUUGUCUUUUCCCUUAAUAACUAGCAAAUCUAUACUGCUAUGAUUUAUAUAUAAUAAAAGUGUCAACAGGGGAUGGUGAUUUAAAAUGAGGUGGUUUUGAAAUGUUUAAAUGUUAUGUAGUAUGGUAGUAGUGCAAUUAUUUGAAGACUACUGACAUUCUACUUAGCAAUUUCUAUCUGCCAAGUUAUCACAGCAUAUUUUUAUGUGCAGUUAACUUGUCAUACAUUUCCUCCCAUUAAAGGCUUCUCUGUUCAUUACUUUGCUCUCUUGUACUGUGCUGGACAUUUUAAAAUGUUCCUCACCACAAGAACAUGGGGGUCAGUGAACAAUUUUAACUCAAAUUUCUCUCCUGCAACCCACAAACUCACUCCCAUUGUUCUUUUGGAGGAUCUCCCACUUUCCCAAAUCAGAUACUGUAGAUCCCGAAUAUCUCAGAGCAGAAGAGAAAUCAAAUGAUAACACCUGGCUUUUAUCCAGAGGAAUAUUCCAUUCUACUAUUUCUAACUGGUUGUUACAUUGCUGUGCUAUUUUAUUUAUAUUAAGGUGACUAGACAGCCUUACAUUUUAAAACUCUCUAGAGGCUGAAACCAUAGAGAAAAUCAGAUGUCAACACACAUUAAUAAGUAUAUAAUUAGUUCCAAUUAACACAUUUACAGACUGUAACAUACAUUUCAUGCACAAUUAGUAUCUGUGAACAUGAAACUAAAAUGCAUUUCUAUUUUUCAUACUGUUUUGGCUCUUAGCCUUGUUUAAAAGCUUGUAUCCAAGUUAUCUGUGUAUGAAAGUAGUACAAAAAUGGUAGCGUGGAGCGCUGAUAACUGUAUGGAAUGAUACUAUAUGGAAAUCAGUGGCAUCAGAAAGUCUGUUAACUGCAUUCUAGAUUUUAAUGGAAAUUGAAAUGGUGAGUUUAUACCUAUGAAUUUGUAAGUUGUAAUACAUGCUUAUACUAUAUGCAUGAAUCAAUAUAUGUUUUUCAAUAAAGCUGAAUUAUUUCACA